GUCUCCUGCCCCAGCUGCUGCCCUGCAGGGACUCCACACACCCCCAGGACCUGCAGCUGAACGAAGUUGAAGACAACUCAGGAGAUCUGUUGGAAAGAGAAUGAUAGAGGAAAAUAUAUGAAUGUUGCCAUCUUUAGCUAUAGCACCACCCAGCUCAGGCCACCCACCCACCUUCGGUCCUGAGGCCUGGUUGCUCUCUGCCGGCUUCGCCCUGACCUGUUUCCGACCUGUGUUCCCUCCGCUGUGCCAGGACAGGCCCCAUGCUGCUCUGGACGGCUGUGCUGCUCUUUGUUCCCUGUGUUGGGAAAACUGUCUGGCUGUACCUCCAAGCCUGGCCAAAUCCUGUGUUUGAAGGAGAUGCCCUGACUCUGCGAUGUCAGGGAUUGAAGAAUACACCACUGUCUCAGGUGAAGUUCUACAGAGAUGGAAAAUUCCUUCAUUUCUCUAAGAAAAACCAGACUCUGUCCAUGGGAGCAGCAACAGUGCAGAGCCGUGGCCAGUACAGCUGCUCUGGGCAGGUGAUGUAUAUUCCACAGACAUUCACACAAACUUCAGAGACUGCCAUGGUUCAAGUCCAAGAGCUGUUCCCACCUCCUGUGCUGAGUGCCAUCCCCUCUCCUGAGCCCCGAGAGGGUAGCCUGGUGACCCUGAGAUGUCAGACAAAGCUGCACCCCCUGAGGUCAGCCUUGAGGCUCCUUUUCUCCUUCCACAAGGACGGCCACACCUUGCAGGACAGGGGCCCUCACCCAGAACUCUGCAUCCCGGGAGCCAAGGAGGGAGACUCUGGGCUUUACUGGUGUGAGGUGGCCCCUGAGGGUGGCCAGGUCCAGAAGCAGAGCCCCCAGCUGGAGGUCAGAGUGCAGGCUCCUGUGUCCCGUCCUGUGCUCACUCUGCACCACGGGCCUGCUGACCCUGCUGUGGGGGACAUGGUGCAGCUCCUCUGUGAGGCACAGAGGGGCUCCCCUCCAAUCCUGUAUUCCUUCUACCUUGAUGAGAAGAUUGUGGGGAACCACUCAGCUCCCUGUGGUGGAACCACCUCCCUCCUCUUCCCAGUGAAGUCAGAACAGGAUGCUGGGAACUACUCCUGCGAGGCUGAGAACAGUGUCUCCAGAGAGAGGAGUGAGCCCAAGAAGCUGUCUCUGAAGGGUUCUCAAGUCUUGUCCACUCCCGCCAGCAACUGGCUGGUUCCUUGGCUUCCUGCGAGCCUGCUUGGCCUGAUGGUUAUUGCUGCUGCACUUCUGAUUUAUUUGAGAUCCUGGAGAAAAGCUGGGCCCCUUCCAUCCCAGAUACCACCCACAGCUCCAGGUGGAGAGCAGUGCCCACUAUAUGCCAAUGUGCAUCACCAGAAAGGGAAAGAUGAAGGUGUUGUCUACUCUGUGGUGCAUAGAACCUCAAAGAGGAGUGAAGCCAGGUCUGCUGAGUUCACCGUGGGGAGAAAGGACAGUUCUAUCAUCUGUGCGGAGGUGAGAUGCCUGCAGCCCAGUGAGAUUUCAUCCAAGGAGGUGAAUAUGAGAAGCAGGACUCUCCAAGAACCCCUUGGCGACUGUGAGGAGGUUCUCUGCUAGUGAUGGUGUUCUCCUAUCAACACACGCCCACCCCCAGUCUCCAGUGCUCCUCAGGAAGACAGUGGGCUCCUCAACUCUUUCUGUGGGUCCUUCAGUUCCCAAGCCCAGCAUCACAGAGCCCCCUGAGCCCUUGUCCUGGUCAGGAGCACCUGAACCCUGGGUUCUCUUCUUAGCAGAAGACCAACCAAUGGAAUGGGAAGGGAGAUGCUCCCACCAACACACACACUUAGGUUCAAUCAGUGACACUGGACACAGAAGCCACAGAUGUCUUCUUUCCAUACAAGCAUGUUAGUUCGCCCCAAUAUAUAUAUAUAUAUGAAAUAGUCAUGUGCCGCAUAACAACAUUUCAGUCAGUGAUAGACUGCAUACACAACAGUGGUCCCAUAAGACUGUAAUGGAGUUUAAAAAUUCCUACUGCCUACUGAUAUCAUAGUUGCCUUAACAGCAUAACACAACACAUUUCUCACGCGUUUGUGGUGAUGCUGGUACAAACAAGCUACAGUGCUGCUAGUCAUAUACAAAUAUAGCACAUACAAUUAUGUACAGUACACUAUACUUGAUAAUGAUAAUAAACAACUAUGUUACUGGU